CUUCGCGACUACCAGCAGGAGUGCUUGGACAGAUGCUUCAAGGCCCUCACACAGGAAAACAAGAGGAGAAUAGGUGUUUCGUUACCCACUGGCUCAGGAAAGACUGUGAUCUUCAGCCAUUUGAUCAAAAAGUUCAUUGACCAUGUAAAAUCACAAAACCAGAACUCCUCUUUCAAGACCAAGACCUUGAUUUUAGUCCAUAGAAAAGAGUUGGCCUACCAGGCAGCCAAAACAAUGUCUCAGAUCUUGCCAGAAUACAGAAUUGGCAUUGAUAUGGGCGAUUUGAAAGUCGAUCCAAUCAACUAUGACAUUGUCAUUGCUUCGAUCCAGUCCUUGGUUUUCUACAGCAAUCCUCGACUACCCAAUUACGAUCCUGAUUAUUUCAAAUUGAUUAUUAUCGAUGAGGUUCACCAUGCUGCAUCGACAACAUACCAAACUAUUCUAUCUCAUUUUGGCUCUCAUGAUUUUAAAUCAGGGAUUUCUGUUGCUGGGUUUUCUGCCACAAUAAGAAGACACGAUGGCAAAUCAUUGUCAAGAAUUUUGGAUCAUUUGGUCUUUCAUAAAUCACUUCCCGGAAUGAUUGAAGAUGGUUGGCUAACUGAUCUCAAGUUCACCACUGUUGUCACCGAUAAGUUUUCUUUAAAUCUAGAUGAACAUCAAUUAUCAAAACUUUUAAACACUCCAGAAAUGAAUUCUUUAGUUUUAAAAAUUUUUUUGCAGCUAAAUAAAACUUAUAAUUUUAAAUCUGUUCUACUAUUUGGCGCAGAUGUUAGUCAUGUUCAAAACUUAACAAAACUAUUCAACGAAAAUAAUAUACCAAGUGCCUUUGUCACUGGAACUACAAAUAACAAAGUAAGAUUUCAAACUAUUGAAGACUUUAAACAAAGAAAGAUCAACAUUUUAAUGAAUUGUAAUGUCUUUACUGAAGGUACUGAUAUCCCACAAAUUGACGCAAUUUUUCUAGUCAAGCCAACCAAUUCUCCAAACUUGAUGGUUCAAAUGAUUGGAAGAGGUUUAAGAUUACAUGGCGAUAAAUCAAUUUGUCAUGUCAUAAAUUUUAUU